CACAGAAAGUAAUGACGUAGCUCCGAGAGGUUACACGAGUGGGUGCGAAUUGGGGGACCGAGGGAGGAAUUUCACCCUCUUCAAGUUUACUGAUAAGAAACGAACUCUUUUCCACCCACGACAUGUUUUAGCCAGUGGCCCUCCUGUGUUUGAGUAGACAGGAAGCGCCAUUUCUUACUUGCAAAAAAAAUCAUUUGGAUUACUAAAAAUAAGGAAUAGAAAUGCCUUUGAUCUGUUGUGUUCCAAACUGUAAUGGGAAUUACAGGAAUGGCCCAAGAGUAAGUGUUUUUGCCUUUCCUAAAAAUGAAGAGCUUAAAAAGAAGUGGUUAAGUGCCAUACAUCGUGAAGGAUUUUAUCCGACGCAGCAUAGUAGGGUCUGUGAAUUACAUUUUAAAAAAAAUGAUAUUGAAAGAGAAACGAGUCUAUUCGAUUCGAAGUCAGGAAAAUUAUUAAGUGCCCCUCUUAAAUAUCCGAGACUAGUGAUUGGAGCAAUUCCAUCUCAGAUGCCAAAUUGUGCCGCUUACAUGUCAUCUUCAACAUUUCAUAGGGAAAAUCCAGAAAUAAAAAAGAUGAAAUUGGAACAACAAUAUGUAGAGAAAGCUCUCCAGGAAAGCAUAAUAGAAAAAAAGAAAUACGAUGAGACAAGAGAAUUUAAAAAUUUGGAAGAACUAAAACAGCGCAUUUCUUUAGUAAAUUUGAAAAAUUUCUGGAAUGUCAUUCAUAAAGAAAACAAAAUUUUAUUCGUGAAUAUUGAAGUAAGUUCUGGUCCUGAAAUUGCCUUGUCUGUUGUAAUAAAUGAUGUAUUAGAGGUGUCAGCUUUUGUUGGAAAAACAAAUGAGAUGCACGUCAAACCCUACUUUGAUUACAAAGGGGGAAAUAUAUCAGGUUUCAGUUACAAUUCAGAAAAUGCCGCCACAAGUGUUGUGACUUUCAUGAUAAAUAGUAUUUCAUCGUCAUAUAAAGAUGUUGUUCACAUUCUUCCUAGCAGACACCCUGUGGCUCUUAGAAAAGGUUUAAACCCUUAUGAAAUUGCUAAUUUGUUGCGAGAACUUUCUGAGAAUGAAUCAGAUGGUGGUAAGCUGUCUUGCUCUAAUUUAGAUUCUGAUGAAGACAUAAGAUUGCAUGAAAGUGACUGCAAAGAAUCUGAAGAAAGUGCAGAUGAAAUUGAUAAUAGUUCAUGUUGA